AUGAUAGAAGUAUCAGAAGAAAACAACAUCAACAACACUGAAGAGGGUAUUUCAAUCAAUGGUGUCGAUGAUAUUAAACAUGUUUUACUUUCAUCGAAACUAACAUUGUCAAAUGCCAACCAAAUUUUUAAAUCACCCUUAAAGGAUGAAUUUAUUGUAACUUUUUAUAUUUUAUUAACUACAACUGAUCUACAUUCAACAACAAAGGUAUUGUUUUUAGUUGGAUGCUUUGAGAACAAGUUUUAUGAUCUUGCAAAAUCAUUACUUGAAACCGAAAGAUUUACAUUUGUUGAGAUCCUCAAAUGUAUCAAGAUUUUGGAUUCCAAACGUGCUUUGAAAGCCUUGAGAAAGAAGUACGAUGCCAUGAUAACCAAGGAGGCUGAGCGUCAAAAGAGAAUCAAGGCAAUCUCUGAUGAGUACUUGAAAAAGAAAGAGGAAGAAAAGAAGAAGGAUGUUGUUGAUCAAGAUGAUAAUAAUAAUAAUAACAACAGCAAUGUAAAUAUAGUCGAAAAGAAAGAAGAGGAAAAAGAAUCAGUAGAGAAGAAGGAUACUGAGAAAGGAAAGAAGAAGGAGAAGAAGAACAACAACAAUAAUGAAAAGAAUAAUAAGAAGAAGGCUAUCAAUGAAAAGAAGAGAAACACUAAGACAGCAACAGUAGAGGCAACUGUCACCGAGGAAUCAAAAGCUCUGUUGCCAGUUGAGGUACAGAAGAGUGUAGAUAAAGUCAAACGUGAAGCAAAAUUCAAAAAGUGCUAUGAGAGAUCAAAGUCCAAUAUGGAACGUAAGAUAACAGAGUUGGAGCAGCUGUUCUGCACUGCUUCCCUAUGUGGUAGUGUUUCACGUAUCUUUAAGAACUGGUUCAAGACUAUCACACCAAAGACUCUCGAGUACUUUGCUUUGGGUCAACCCAAGGAGACUUGGAAGGAGUUGGCCGAUCUCCUCCACUUGUCGCCAUCGGACUUCCAGAUCCCAUGGUUCCUUGAGUUCAUGUUUGGAAAGGCUGCUCCCGAGGGAUCGUCCGUUCACGACUUUGACGACGCCAAGUCACGUGCCGACGCUGGCGAACUGGUAAACUAUGUUCCGCUGUUGGAGAAGCAUCGUCCACCCUACAGCUUCUUGCGUAAGCGUUUGACAGAGGACGAGUUGAAACCUCUGAAAAUGCAGAUCGCACAAUACGAAGAUAUCAACUUGGUUCUAUGGUGGUUCCACGAGUUCAAGGAUGUCAAGGGUAUCAACCAAUUGGUUGUGCAACGUGUCAACACCGGUGACUUGACACUUGCCUAUGGAACCUUGAUUGAAAAGACAAUGUCACUGACUGAAGAUAGCAAUCCGGCAAUGAAACCAAUCUUUGAUUCACUCUUGAAGGCAACUCUCACCAAGUUGACCAAGUUUGCCACAAGAUUCUCGCUGCCUCCACCCAUUGCCGUGUUUGGUGACCGUUCCGGUUCGAUGGACAUUGCCAUUAGAUUGGCAACCAUCAUUGGUUACUUGGUGUCGAAUCUAUCGGAGGGAUCGAGAUUGUCGUUCUUCAACACCGAGGACAUGGAGGCACCGGUGCCACCAUCUUCCAUUGGUCAACUGUUCAAGUUGACAUCACUUGUCACUGCCGAAGGUGGAACUGCACCAGCCAUUUCAUUGAAGCCAUAUCUCGAUGAGAAGAAGCCAUUAAAAUAUGUCGUAGUUGUAACCGACGAGGAAGAGAAUCAAUCGGUUGAUCGCAUGGAGUUUGCAGCCAUGUUUGACAAGUAUCGUCGUGAAGUCGCUCCCGAUUGCAAACCAGUGUUUGUAUCAUUCCUUCGUUCCAAUGCCAAAGGUUACAUGGUCACACAACUCAAGAGAAACCAUCAAAUCGAUCCAAUCCAGAUAGUAUUGGAUCGUUCAAAACCAGAUGUAACCAAGAUCGAUCAAAUGCUAACUGCACUCUCUUGUGAAUCUCCAUUAUUCAAAACUCAACAUGAAUUGUUAACAAAGGUAUUCAAUUUGUUUGAUAACAAAUUCUUCUCAAAGUAUAUCUCUGAGAAUAAGAAGAACUUGUUUAGCUAUUCAUUCAAUUCAGAGAUUGUUUUGAUGAUUCUUAGAAAUCUAUUUGGUUUCUACUUGAAGAAGUUACCUGCUGACGAUGCAAACUUGUCGUUCUUCAAGGCAAGAGUAUUCAAUGAGUCAAACUGUCUUCAAAUGAUCAAUGAGAAUUUGAAGCAGUUGCUCGUUGUUACAAAGCAAUGUGAGUUGAACUCACUCGUUUCGUUUGUCGAAGAGGCAAUCAAGACAUUCAACUCACUCCAACGUCAACAAUCGGUUGAGUUCCUCGACAAGCUGUUCAACUCACUCAAUAAGGAUGUUCUUUCAAGACCUGCUGACAUUGCCGCUGCCAACAAAGUACUCUCAAUGGAUAGUGAUUUGGUAAACAACAACAACAACAAUAACAACAGCGAUAGUUCUAUUAAAGAUAGUGAAGAGCUGUUAGAGUUCAAAGAUAAGUUGGUAUCUGGUGAACUGACAAUUCCAGAGGCUGUACGUAUGCUACAGAAUAGCUAUGUUAAGGACAAAUUCAUUCCGGUCUACUUGAUGUUGCUCAACUCCAUUGACUUGGUGUCAAAGGUUAAGAUCAAUGUACUUUGUGCUGCCUUUGAGUGUAAACUCUAUACUUUUGCACAGUUAAUUCUGUACAACAAGAAAUAUGGUUUCAAGGAGGUGUCAAAGGCAAUCAAGGUAUUGGAUUCUGGUCGUAUGGUUAGACAAUUGCAGAUGAAGUUGGAAAAGUGCAAGCUAAAUCAUGACCAGAGACUAGAGAGAUUGAAGAAAGCAUCCGAAGAGUACUUGGCAAAGAAGAAGGAAAUUCAAAAGGAUGAGAAUAAUAAUAAUAAUGACGACAGUGAGAAGAAAGAUGAGCAAUCAACUACUACCACCACUAGCACCACCCCAGCCGAGAAGAAAGAAGUAAAGCCAAAGGGAGCAGCUAAAGGUAAAGGAAAAGGUAAAGGUAGAGGUAAAGGAAAGGGUAAGGGUAAGGGUGCCGAUGGUGAUAAAGAAGAUGGUGAGAAGAAGAAGUUCAAGGAGAAGUUGAAGAGCGGUAAACUUACUCCGCUUGAGAAGAAACAAAGAGAGAAGAUCUUUGAGGCAAACUACGAGAGUUCUAUCAAGGCAAUGGAGACAAAGAUCGAGCAGGCAAAGAAACAUGGAUCCAACGGUAGUUUGUCUGGUAAUAUCAUCAAGAUGUUCAAGAAGUGGUUAAAGACAUUCCCAGAGAAGGCUCUUGAGUACUUUGCUUUGGGUCAGCCAAAGGAGGUAUGGCGUGAAAUGGCUGAUUUGCUCCAUCUCUCUGCAAAGGACUUCCAAGCCGAUUGGUUCCUUCCAAGUUGCUACAACAAGGAACACACCGGUGAAUCGAUCAAUGCAUUCGCUCCAACUGAUUUGUCAGACGAGCAAUUGAAGCAAUUGAUUGUAAAAUACAAGCCAUCGUACUCUUAUAUCCGUAAGCGUAUCGAUCCAUCGACAAUGUCGGACGAACUACGAUUGAUCAUUGCCAACUACGAAGAUCUCUCGAUUGUUCUCUGGUGGUAUCACGAGCUUGCCAGUUUCGACGUGGACAAUGCCAUUGCACGUCGUCUUGCCAACAACGAAUUGGGAGCAAUCUCACUUGGAACUCUGUUGGAGAGAGCCAUCCAUUUCCAACAACAAGGAAUCCCAUUGUUCAGAGAUAUUCUCCCGAUUAUUCGUAAUGCAUUCGCAGUGUUCUCCAAGAGAAUUGCAUUGCCACCACCCUUGAUGACUCUGGGUGACGCCUCCAACUCCAUGGACGUAGCCAUUAAGAUCUCCACUAUUAUCGCUUCUUUGGUAACAUCGUUGACCGAUAACGCAUCUCUAAGAUUCUUUAACCAUGCACCGUUGUGGGCUCCACUCGAUCCAACAUCGUUGACCGAUGUCUUCAAUGUUGCCAACAUCAUUCAGGGAUCUGGUUCCACCUCGCCAGCUGCUGGUCUCUAUCCAAUCUAUGAGAACGGCCAGGUUCUCCGUUACUUGGUGAUGGUAACGGACGAAGAAGAGAAUUCCAACUAUAAAUCCUACAACUUCCUAAAGUUGUACCAGGAGUACAUUGCCAAAGUUGCACCCAAUUGUAAGUUGGUAUUCGUAUCGUUCUUGCGUCAGAACGAAGAGGGACAAAUGACAACACAGCUCAAGGAGGCAGGAAUCGUUCCACUUCAAUUCUGUUUGGACAAGAAUCGUCCCGAUGUCACCAAGAUCGACGAUUUAAUUACCACUCUCUCCUGCCACAGUGACAGCUUCUCACAUCAGAUGGAUGCAUUUGAGUAUAUGAUAAAGUUGUUUGGUGAGAAGUAUUUCUAUGGAUUCGUUAAUAGCGAUAAAUUCUUUGUUGAAUCGUACACCUACGAAACAUUGGUACAUAUCCUCGAUAUUUUGGCAAAGUUUGUCGAGGGAUCGCUCAUCGACGACAACAAGAACCAGGAGUUGGUUGACAAGCUAUUGGAGCUCACCAACAAGCGUGACAUGAUAUCGAUCAUCACUGAAGUUGUCAAUAAGAUCAAGUAUUCGAAUGGUGUAGAGCAGUAUGAGCAACUUCAAGAGUCGAUCGGCCAAAUCGAAAAGUUGCUGCCAUCCUCCAACUCUGAUAUUGCUAUCUUCCAACAAUUCGAGUCGAUUGUCAACCGUAUGAAAUCAAAUGUCAAUUUGUUCAAGACCACAACCGAGCUGAAGACAAUCAAGGAGCAAUCUGAGGUUGAAAACAAUAACAACAGCAAGUCUGUUGAGUCGGCUGCUGGCAGUCAAGAGAUUUUCAAAGUUGGUAAUAUCAAAUUCGAAAGAGAAUUUGGAACUUUGACAGAGUACGAUGUCAAUACAUUGUUCUCCUACGUUGAGGAUUUGGAGGUCCUCAAGAACUGUUCUUUGGUGUCAAAGUUGUGGAGAAAGUGCACUAUGAAUCCACAACACUGGACAAGAUUCAUGAAUGUCAAGGAUAUUCGUAAGUUGGACUUGGUAUUUGUCGUCGAUGACACUGGUUCUAUGGGAUCUGAGAUUGCCAAGGUGAAGCAAGAGAUCCAGAAUAUCGUUGAUGAUAUCGUUUCCAUUGGUUCCAUUGAGGUGCGUGUCGCCAUGGUGUUCUACAACGACCACACUCCAAACUCUGACCACAGCAAAUCAGUGUGUAAAGUCUUUAAGUUCACAAGCGAUAUUCCAGAGCUACGUAGAGGAUUGGACUCUGUAGUUGUUCACGGUGGUGCAGACCAUCCAGAGGCAAUGGCAGAUGGAUUCUACGAGGUGACCAAGUUGGAUUUCGCAAAGAGCUCGACCAAGGUGUGUAUUGUGAUUGGUGACGCUCCACCACAUGGAUUCUCAGGAAGUGGUGAUUCAUUCCCACAAGGUUGUCCGUGUGGUCACGACCUUAUCGCGUCGGUCCGUCAGUUGGUGCAAGGCGGUGUCACUUUCUACACUGUGAUGUGUCGUGGAGAUUCUCAGACCUAUGAGACAUUGAAUGCCAUUGCCGAUCUCUCUGAGGGAAGAUUCGUCCUGCUCAACAACGCUUCGGAACUCACUGAGAUCAUCACCGGUAGUGCCAAGGCAUCGAUUCUACUGGACACCAUUGCCGAGGAGGUAUUGAAGGAGAUUGAAAUGUGGCAAUUAAAGAUGCCUCACAUUGCCAAGGAAGAAGCAAUCUAUCGUGCCUCAUACUCACUCAGAUCACGUGGAAUCAAAGUCCCAAAGCGUAAGAGUGCAUCGUCCUCUCCUGCCAACACCUCUUACGAUAAGAGUUCAAUCUAUCAGGCUAUCAUGAAAUCCGAUAAUCAUGCUGAAUAUCAAGUUAAUUCAGCACAGCUCAAAGCCAAUGGUUCAACAAACAAGAAAAAGGUAUCCAAAGCCAGCAGUGCAACAGCAACAACUAAAUCUGAUGAGAAUCAAGUAGAGUUGAUUACUAUCGAUCAUGUCAGAAAGAUUGCCAAGAAGAAUCAUAUCAUUUAA